UGCUUUGCUUUUACUGUAACAUCUGCUAAUGUUGUUAGACUAACUAGAGAGGAACGAUGAAGCCUGACAGUCUUCAUGGUUGAGGGUUAUCGUUGAAUUGUUGUUGUUUUUCUCUAUUGGUGCAUUUUAUCACCUUUUUUCAAUCUGGAAUUUUUUGUAGACUUAAAGUACUUCUGAAAAGAUCCAUCUGACCUCAGUACAGAAAAACAAUGCAGCCCCUGGCGGUUGUCCUCUGGGUGGGAGCCAUGUUUAUGGGGCUCCAGCUGGGCGCUUCAUUCCCUGACAGCUUUGUGGACCGCUCAUCCAAGAACUUCUCCUCGGUCCCACAGGAUCUGACACAGACGGUUGAGUUUUUAGACCUUUCAUGCAACCACAUACAGCACCUUCACCAUGGAGACUUCAAACACACACCCCUCCUGAGGUCCCUGAACAUCUCGUGGAAUAGUUUGGAGGAGAUUGACACAGAGACGUUCCUGGACACACCACUCCUGAAAGAGCUGGACCUGUCACACAACAGGCUGACGAACCUGUCAGGCCAGCGGUACCUGCUCUAUACUCAGAAUCUCCAGGUACUUAAUUUGACCUCCAACCAGUUCCUCGCGAUGACACUUGGGAGUGAGUUCAUCGCCUUGGUAAAUCUGGAGAGAUUUGCAAUUGGAGCCAAGAACAUCUGUAUGGGUGAUUUCAAGAGCAUUGCUGCAGUGAAACUACAUACGCUGACCCUUUCCCUGGAGGAUGAGCUGAAAUAUGAAGCAGGAAGCCUGAGGCAAGCGCAUACCAAAAGGCUUCAGAUUUCCUUUACUAAAUAUCAAAUAAUGGACCAUGAUCUGUUAGCUGAUGCUGUGUCGUUCUUUCCUGAAGUGGAGUUGAUGAAUUUGUUGGAUGGCUACCAAGAUAUUAUUAAACUGUUCAAGGAGGGAGAAGAAAUCCACACAUCUCAUCUUUAUCUAACCAACUUGUCAAUCACCUGGAGUGACUUAACUGACACUAUAAAUGAAAUUAUGGCUACAUCUAUUGAUCAUUUAAGCUUCUGUGAUGUGAUCCUAUCCAAAUUACCUAAUGAAGAAACAGCUGUGGCCAAGACAUCUCAAAUGAAGUCCUUCACAGCCAGGCAGGUGGUAGUGACGUCUUUUUUUUUUUCACAGGAGGAUGUAUACAACUAUUUCAUAAACAUGCCAGUGGAGAGUGUAGCUAUGAUCGAAGUUUCAAUCAUACACAUGACAUGUCCAAAGUCACACAGUCCCCUCCUCCACCUGGACUUCUCCUAUUGUGCUCUCUCUGACUCGAUCUUCUCCCGAGUGGAGGGUCAACAAACUGUCGAUUGUGAGAAUUUGGUUAAUAUUAGGAGACUGAAUUUGCUAGGAAACAAUCUCAAGAGCCUUCAGGUGAUUAGCAAACGUUUGAAAUACAUGUCAUCCCUGAGAGAAGUGGAUCUCAGCCUUAACUCUCUGGUAUACGACGGUUUGGAGAGAUGUUUCUGGCCACCAAGCAUCACCAAUAUGACUCUUUCCUCGAAUGGACUAACAGACUCUGUUUUUAAAUGUCUUCCAAAUGGAACAGAGACACUGGAUCUCCAGAACAACCAGAUAUCGGUAAUACCAUCAUCCAUCACGGAACUAUCAAACCUUUCAUCUCUGAAUCUGAAUUUCAACAGGCUGCGGGACCUGCCGCCAUGCAAUGGUUUCCCCUCAAUAAAUACUCUUCUGCUGAGGUUAAAUUCCCUCCACGCCCCAUCAGUGAGAAAGCUGGAGAGCUGCCCUAAACUGAAAACCCUGGACGUCGGUUCAAACCCAUUCACCUGCACCUGUGCUUUGAGGGAUUUCAUAAAACUGGGAAUCAAAUCAGAACAGAAGAACAGUCACUCAGGAAUUGAAUUGCUGGGCUGGCCGUUGGAUUAUUACUGCACCUAUCCAGAGGUCGUUAGAAACUCCACCUUGAAAGAGAUCUUGAUCCUAGAGGUCUCCUGUAACGUAGGCCUUCUAGCUGCCACCAUCCUGUUCCCAGCAGUGGCUUUGAUUAUUACAUUUGUGGCCCUCUGCCAUUGUUUGGACGUUCCCUGGUACAUUCGCAUGAUCUGGCAGUGGACCAGAGCCAAACAUCGCGCCAGGACAAGGCAAGUUCGACCUGAAGAUCUGGUGGGCAUUGACUUUCAUGCUUUUGUGUCCUACAGCCAGCAGGAUGCAGAUUGGGUGCACAAUUUUCUUCUUCCCAACCUUGAGGGUCCAGCUGGGGGGCUUCGAAUCUGCCAUCAUGAGAGAAACUUUGUUCCUGGAAAGACAAUUAUUGAGAACAUCGUCACCUGUGUGGAGAAAUGCCGACGCUCCGUGUUCGUGUUGUCUGCCCACUUUGUUAAGAGCGAGUGGUGCCAUUAUGAGCUGUACUUUGCCAGCCACCAGCGCCUUGUUCAGGGAUCAGAGAGCAUUGUGUUGGUGCUGCUGGAGCCGCUUCCUCAAUACCUCAUCCCAUCAAAGUACUACCAGCUGAAGUCCAUGAUGUGCCGGCACACAUACCUGGAGUGGCCUCAGGAUAGGGCUAAGCACAGGCUGUUCUGGGCUAACCUUAGGGCUGCCCUACAGGCGGACCUGCCAAAUGCACCAGUCACAGAACUAGAGGGAUAACUGU